AUGUUCGCAACACAAUCCCCCCAAACUCCCUUUCGCAAACCCCACUACUCCCCAACUCGUCCCUCGCCACUAAGCAAACACACCACGACACCACCCCUAUGGAACAUGUCCCCAACGCAUAGCAUACAAAGCGCGUCGCAAAGCACCGCACCGAAUCCAUUCAGUAACCCGCCACCAAUCUUCAACAUCCAAACCGAACCAAUCGCCCGACACACAAGCAACCACCAUUCCCCGAUCCCAAUGCAAUUCAACGCCCACAAACCCCCCGCCUCGCCCACCUCACCAACCCGCGCAAAGCCAAAAUACGAAGCGCGCUACGCUUCUACAAUCGCAAACCCGCUACAGGGAGCGGCGGGUCUAGCGCGCUCGAAAACGCGUAAGAUGUUUCUUAAUCGCGUGCGGCAUGAGCGUGACGAUGGACGAUUUGAGGCGCGCGGGGAGCAGAUGAUGCGGAUGGAGCAUCUUGCUGAUCGGAGACGGUGGGAGGAGAGUAUGGCGCGGGAUGGGGAAGGUGUUGUUGGUGGGUUUGAGGGGGAUGAGGAUGAUAUGCUUCCUGAUGACGCCGAUGCGCUUGAUGAGUUUAUAUCACAGGAGGAGGCUAUGGAGAUGGCGCUUAGGGAGACGCAGUCUGGGGUUCCUGCGAGAGUUGGGGAUUUACGGUCUAAUGGGCCCGGUGUUCUCUUUAGUGAUGAUGAUUAUGAUGAUAUAUUCAUGGGACUGUCGGAGCCUCCGGGAGCUCCGUGUGAGUCUCAGGAUAUGGAUAUGUCGUGA